CACUAAAAAUUAAUUCGUCCUUCCAUUUAUCGUUUAAAAUCUUCAUUAUCUUUAGUAAGCAAAAAAAAGCUAUACAUAAUAUUUUCUUGAUUCCUAUGAAAUAACACUAUUUAAGUCAUAAAAUUUUCAUAUAUUUGAAUCAAAUUGUAUUAUUUAAAAUUAAAAUAAACACAGAGCAGUAGGAGUAUUUCUUUUAUAUUACAAGACUCAAGUCAAACCUAGUAAAAGAGUAGAACAUGGUAGUAGUUGUUAUACCUGUAAUAUGAACCACGUGGCAUAGGAUAACAGACUUGCAACCAAUAGAAUACUGCCAUGUGUGUAAUCAGGUAUGACUUUCUUUACAAUGGUCAAAGUUGGGUGAUGAACAGGGUGAUGAUUAUGAUGAAGACCAUCAGAAAAAAGUAAAGUUCCCUUGUACACACUAAUAAUAACAGCUCCAGCCAAGCACAACAUUGCUCCUGUUACCUUAACUUUUCCUUUGCUGGUCUUCAAUUUUAAUUUCUCUAUUCUACACCAUUAUUAUAGAAACACAAAUUUAGAAAAUCAAAAAAACAUUUUUUAACCCCAAUGUAACUAAUACUUGAUUUGUUUUAUAUAUCUUGCUAUUUUUUGAAUGAAGAGUUGAGAAAUUUUUUGGCCGUAUAUUUUAUUUGGGUAUGGGCCGCUGCUAGAGGUAAAUAUUUGGGUCAAAGGAUUGAUUUUGGGUCACGUGUUUCAUGUCGGAUUAAAAUCGGAUUUUGCGUCAACAUUUAUUUUUAUAUAAUUUUAGUUCAUUUUGAAGUUGGGUUAAGUCGGAUUCGAUUUCAAGGUCGGGUAAUUAUUGUAUCAUCGGGUCUAUUUUGAAAAAUCCUAGCUGUCGUCUUCUUUCCCUCCUCAGACGUUGAUUAUAGUUUCCUAUGAUUAUAAUACACUGGAUAUGAUGAUGAUGACAUUUUGAAUAUGCACAACAAAUAAGAAAGGAAAAUCUUAUUUAGAAAAGACUAAAAUAACAUGACUGAUGAGGUAGAUUUUAGUGAAUAAAUAAAAGAAAUUUAACCGUAAAGAAAAAAUAAAGAUGAAAUAGACAUUUAUGUGCUUAUAUGUUGUGCAAAAAAUAGUUUCUAGUAAGCAAUAAUAUAAAACAAUUUUAAAAAGUGGAAAAUAUUAUGAAAGGAAGAAAGUAUAAAUGAUCAAUGUUAUGAAUUUAAGAUUGGACUAUUGUAUCAAAACCUAUUUAAUAUAACAUCAAAUUUAUCUAAAUAUAAUUUGAUUUUGAAUUGUUGAUCAGUACUCAUAAGUCAUAACCCAAUCUUAUCCUGAUUGGUCAGGAGUAGAACAAAUGCAUUAAAUUAAAAAUUUAUAAAUCUUCUCCGAGUGACUGUUUUUUUCAUUAAUUAAAAACUUAAAAUUACUUCAAUUUCAAUUUCUCUAAAUCAAACUUAAAUUGUACAUUAAUUUCCAAUAUCACAUAUCAAGUUGUUUUUGCUAAGAAAUUGUCAAAUUUGUAAAGGAGACUUUAAGAGGAAAGUACUUUUAAAUUGAGGAAAGUAAGAUGAUCUGACUGCCGCGAGUGGUGUACCUGCAACCACAAAGAAAGACUAAACCGAGGGCUGAUGUCCCCAAAAGCCCUUUGAUGCUUAAGUCAGACCGGAAUAGGUAAGUAAUAAGUGUAAGUAUGAGUAUGAGAGUAGAAUUGUGUAACCUCAUUUCUGCAAAAGAAUGAUCUAUUUAUAAGAGUUUUCAAUAUAAGAAUGGUAACUGCUGGGUGGUUAUUUUUAUGGUGCUGCCUUGAGGAGAGUGUAACCAUGCAAGUGACGUAGUGGGCAACAGUUAUAUGAGAUAAUGGGAGGUUACCCUUGAAAAUGUCUUUAUUUAAGAUGAAGGUGAGAAACCUGCUGUGUGAUGCCUGACCAGGAUAAGUAUGUGAUUUUGACCAUUAUAACAUUGACUUUAUAGGUCAAUAUUGACUUAUACUUUUAACUCGACCCGUUGACCAAGGGUAUCUUGGGUAUUUCGAGCAUAAGGGAUUUCUAAUCCCCAACACUGGUCCCACGCAUAUAGGAGAAGAGAGUAUGCUCCUUUCGAAAGAUGAACUUGGCCUAUAUGCGGAAAAGACGUGAUUAGAUUGUUUUUUAUAGAGAUCAAUAUGCCUUAUCAAAGGAAUUUUGUCAUUUUGGACUUGCUAUAUGUUGGCCUUCUAUAUUAUGGAUUUAUUAUGUCUCGGACUUUUUUAUGUCUCGGAUUAGGAAUCAAGACUUGAUUUGAUUUGGCUCCAACUCUUUUGUUGGGCCAAUAAGGGGGUCCAACUUAUUGAAGUCUCGAACCACUUAUCAAGACUUGGCUUGAUUUGGCCCCAACUCUUUUGUUGGGGCAAGGGGGGUCCAACUUAUUGAAGCCCCGGACCAUUUAUCAAGACUUGGCCUGAUUUGGCCCAACUCCUUUGUUUGGGUAAGAAGGGGGUCCGACUUAUUGUAGUCCCCGACCACUUAUCAAGACUUGGCUUGAUUUGGGACAAGUACCACUAUCAGGUUUCACAUUGAAGAUGAACAGUGUUUGUCAGAGCAUUUAUGGCCUUAUAAAUGCUCAUCUACCAAUCAUUUUCAACACUUUUCAAAAAUCUUAUAGUGAGAGAAAAUUCCAAGCAAAUUCAACUUGAAUUCUAGUGAGAGAGACUCUGACAGUUAGCGAUUUUCUGAAAAAUUUCAUACUUGAUCAAGUUUAUACCAGGUAUGCUCUAAAUUUUGUUUAAUUUCUCAUAAAUUUCUUGAAUUUUUGUUUAAUCUUCAAUUUGUUCUAAUUGAUCUUCAAUAAAUUUCUUGAUUUUAGAGUCUUUGAUCUUUAAAUUUCCCCACAGUUCCAAGUUUGUUGUUUGAGUGUACACGUCACUAAGUAAAAUGGAAACUUCUAGUAUAGAUAAUAAAUAAAGAGCCCCAACUUAACAUAAAUAAAGAGCCCAAUAAUAAAACUUCUAAAGGGAAGAGGGACGAAUCUGACGAGUCGGACGAUGAUAGCCCCAGUUAUCAAGUGACUCUGCAUUAUGAAUCAAUUUCGAGCGAUGAUGAGUCUCAUACCUCCCCCAUUUACCCCCCGGAAAAGCAAGUUCCUUUCCCUUGAGAAGUUUCUUUAGCUUUUGCCCGAGGAUACUUGAGAAUUGAUGCUAAACUUUUGGAGGUGGUACAUGUAGAUAAGGAGAAGAUGACGAAACAAGAAUGUUCACCAAGCCGAAACAACUCAGAAAAGCCUCCUCCGCACCCGUUUUACAUUCCUGAUGGUGGCCCGCUAAGCUACUUCAUUGAUCUUCCAACUAUGAUUUUUUUAGACAGCGAUCGGAGGAGUAUGGCGAGGAGAUGGGGUUUACUGGAUGGUUAUGACGUUGUUAAACCCAGACUAUAUGACACAGUCAGAUAUCCACCUCCUGGUUGUAUAGUUGUUUAUGAUCCAGCUUUCGAUUUAGGCAUGAGGUUUCCCUUACAUCCAUUUGCCCGAAAAGUUUUGGAUUUUUUAAAUAUCACUGUUGCGGAAUUAUAACCAAACACCUGAGGUUCGUUGAAGCCUAAUCUCACAGCCUUCUGUCAUACUUAUCGGGCGAGACUAUGCAAUUCCCAAAACCAUGGUGCUGGCUGGGUUACUUUUUCACAUAGAAGGAUUUUUAGGCUUGUAGGAGAAUUUCCUGACAGCCAAAAGGGUUUGAAGACAAAAUUUGGUUUUCUAGAUCAUACACACGGAUGGAACUUCAAAACCAGUUUUGAUAUAGAUCCAAAAUUGGAGGAGUUCAACAACUCGGUUCCCAUUUGUAACCAUGAAGAAGCAAUAAUCAUUAACUAUGCUAAGAUGAGAGUUGAACUGGUCCGGAAACCAGUUCUUGUACAAAUAAACUGGAUGCCUAAGAGAAUGGACUUCAGAAAUGAACUCGUUCUUUCCACAUAUGACAUUAGUUUGGAGGAUGACGUGUCGUCAAAAUCCACAGAACAUAAUUUUGAAGCUGUCCCAGUUCUAGACUAAACUGCCAGGUAUUAAUAUUCAGGAGCCCGAGGUUGUUAUUCCGGGUCCCUCUACAAUAAGCCUUCCUCAUUUGACAGGAAAGGGAAAAGGGUCAUCGAGGAGGAGAGUGAGGUUAACACUAGGAACAUCAGGGCUCACAAGCCCGAUGUUCCCUUUGUAAACUUGAGCCACUCUGAUAUGGCGGCGCGUUUCAACAAAGCCAGCCGAUGCCUUUUGAGCAAAAGUGACACGGAGUACUUGGAGUCCAUGGAUCCUACAGAGAGGGUACAAAAGGCGCAUACGACGAUGUCUGAGGGAUUAUUGCGGAUGAUUUUCGAAACAACGAAAAUGCAGCAGGAUGAGGUUAAUCAGGAGACAAUCCUUUCGUUGACUUCUCAGAUUGAAGAGCAGAAUGAUAAGGCUGCAAAGCAGGCUGAGACUUUCUCUAAGCUAACUACCAGAUUAGAGAAAUGCAAAGGGCUUAUAGAGCAUUUGGAGUUAGCCGAGAAGUGGAGAUCGAGGUUGAAGGAGGUGCUGCAGAAGACUGGGGGAAAACUGGAGAAUUUUGCCAGCGUAGCUAUCAACGUGGCUCAUGACGCUGCGGUUCUCUUGGAUGAAAAGAAGAAAAUAGAGAUGCUGGUCGAUGCUGCCAAGGUUCACAAGCUUAGAUCUCAAAGGAAGGCACGGAUCACAAAAGAUUGGUUGGCUUCAGAUGAAUGUGGUGCUUUUAUGGCCAAGCUUUUUGGCGAGAUGUUUAACAACGACAUUCUUCUUAAGGCUGAGGCGCAUAGGUUGGUUGCUGCUAGGGGUGUUCAAAACCGGGUACCGGGUCGACCCGGAUCCGGUAAUCCAGGUACCCGCUUUUUCGGGUACCUAAAAUUGUGA